UUCGGCUGCCAGCGGCGCGUGGAUGCUGGAAGUUCGCAUCCCGUCGGUGGGGCCCGAGGCCGAGGGGACCCGGCAGAGCCCCGAAAAAGGCCACAUGAUCAAGAAACUGUACAAAGUGCCCGACUUCCCCUCGAAACGCCUGCCCAACUGGAGGACCAGAGGACUGGAGCAGCGGCGGCAGAGCUUGGAGGCCUAUAUCCAGGGCAUCCUAUACUUGAACCAGGAUGUGCCCAAGGAACUACUGGAAUUCCUGAGUCUUCGCCACUUGCCCAUAGUCCCCAAGGCCAGCAGCUGGGGCACCCUGGGGGAGUUCCUGCCAGGCAACAGCAGCUCACAGCUGUACCACCGGCCUGUUAUCAGCUUCUGCAUGGAUCCUUAUAUUUGCAUCCCAUCCCCAGAGCCUCUGCCCAACGUGGUGGUGAAUGGUGUGCUCCAGGGCCUCUAUGGCUUCAGCGCCAGCACAGCUGAAGCCCAGCCAGAGGCUGCCUGUCACCCUGCUCCAGUGCCACCAAUGCCCUGACCAGUCCAGAGGGCUUUAGGCCACCUGCCAGGACAGUCAUGUACCUCAGUCCUAUGAAAGGGACAUGGGCUGGGUCAGCCUUGGCCCGGACCCAGGACUCACCACCCUCCACCCUUCCAGGCUCAGAACUCAGCUGCACUGGUAUCUGAGGUGGUAGAAUCCUGCACUCCUAGAGCCCAGGGGCCAAGGUAGGGACAACAGAGGAUAGGGAAUAAAGGGAGAGGGAGAAUUCCUUUAGAAUGUUCAUAGCCCACCAGUUUGGAGGUGGGCUAUGAAAAGGUGCAGGUGUAUUCCUUUACCUACAUCAGGAGAAAGGUGGGGCGGGGCAGGGACAUGCAAAGGCUGAGGCACAGUGGCUAGCCAAGUUCAGAAGCAAGGGGCAAAAGCUCCUGCUUGACGUUUUGUGCAUAGCACAUUUUUUUGUGACUGUUCAGAUCUGUUUCCCCCUGCCCUCCCAGACUUGUGUGGCCAGUUGGAAAUGUCUGGUUUGUGUUCAUCUCUCCCUCAUUUCUGGAGCAUUUCUGGAGGGAAAGGGUUCAGGCCGGAACCCAAGGAGGGGGCAGGCACCACUGCCACAGGAGCCCCAGAGGGGCUGGCACUGGACUUGGGGUCGGGGGGUGCCGCAGGCCGCAGAACCCAGCCCAUACGCAGAUUAUAAAAAAAACACCUUUUUUUUAAUCGGUCAGUGUUUGUUGGUAGGAGUUUGUUACAAAACUGGGCCCGCGGGCCCGCGGAAUGUGAGGGGAGGGGUCCACUUCGUCAGACGCCAGCACUAGGGCCAGUGCAGCAAUGGAGCCCUGUGGCGGGCUGUCUUCACCCCCGGGAGGGCAACAGGGCCACACAGACAGUCGCUCAAAGAGAAGAGGUCCCUGGGGCCCUACUCCUUGGCAAUGGCGAAGGGCUUCUCCACUUCGAUCUUGCCACAGUCUGCGAUCGUCACGUCCUUCAGAGGCCUGUCCCGACCGUCUGUCUUGGUGCUCUCCACCUUACGCACUACAUCCUGGGGAGGAAGGCAGAGUGUCAGGCGAUCUGCCGGUCGAGGGAGACGGGUGCGGCCGCCAGGGCUGAAACCCGCACGUGACCUGUACAAACCAUGAGGCACCAAAAUCCUAAGGGCAUCGUGGCCGGGCGCCAGCCCAGGGCAAGGAACCCAGCUUUGACAACAGGAGGAUGCAGUAGUUUCGAUCCUCUGAAGUA